CAUGAGGGGCAAGUGAGUCCGGAGGGGCCAGGCCGCACAUACGACCACUAUUUCCGAUCUUUUUAUGACCAGAGUUGCUUGGUGAGCUUUUCGGUUCCCUCCCUCCUAGGGCUUUAUUGUCCGCACUCCUCUUCCUCAUCUCCCUUUUUGCACAAUCUCGGAUCGAGCUCUCCAGGGAUUGAUGAUUGAUGUGCAGUGAGCAAUUCGUGGGCUCUUCUUUUCUUUUUUGGAUAUUGAUUUGUGGCAUAGGUGGCCGACCAUGUAAAUUGGUUUUGAAGAUCCAACCUCCAUUGAAUUCAUAUUCUCGGUAGAGAGAUCCGCAUAUGGGCAAACCAAAGAAAAAAGAGGUUGGAAAUCCUUCUACAACAUCAGAACAGCCGCAGCCUGAAAAAAAGAAAGGCAAAUCACUAAAAGCUUCAAAAAAAAUUGUGAAAAAUGCUUCAAAGCGAAAAAGUGAAAUAUCUGAGAAAUUGAACACCGAGGAUAGCAAAACUGUGAAGGACAUCACUAAUAAAGUUGAUGAGAGCACUCAGGUGAAUGAAUAUAGUGAAGCAACUGCCAAAGAAACACAAGCAAACACCAACGAAACGUUUGGUGGGUUGAUAUUCAUGUGCAAUGGUAGAACCAAACAUGAUUGCUUUCAUUACAAGGUUUUGGGCCUUCCAGAACAUAGAAAAGAUUUAGUGUUGCGUGUUAAGCCUGGUAUGAGACUCUUCCUGUAUGAUUUUGAUUUAAAACUUUUAUAUGGCAUCUUCAAAGCAUCAUCAUGUGGAGGGAUGAAACUUGAGCCUGCAGCUUUCAACGGUUUAUACUCUGCACAGGUGCGUUAUGAGAUCGAACGUGCUUGUGCGCCCCUUCCACAACACAUCUUCAAGCAUGCCAUUAAGGAAAAUUACACUGGCAUCCGAAACAUGUUCAAAACAGAACUAUCUGCUCAGCAAGUAAAGGAGCUCAUCAAGUUAUUCCCAUCUUUACCCCCGCACCAAUCAAUCUUCAACAUGGAUGCUCCUGUUCGCAAGCCGGUCCAGGUUCUUACCCGAGUCCCUGCUCCUGCUCCAAUGCCCGGGCCAGUCCAGUUUGUAGCCCGAGCGCCUGCUCCUGCUCCUGCUCCCACUCCCACUCCCACUCCCAUGCCCGGGCCAGUCCAGUUUGUUGCCCGAGUCCCUGCUCCUCCUCCCAUGCCCGAGCCAGUUCAAGUUCUUGCCCCAGCCCCAGCCCCAGCCCCUGCUCCAGUCGCAGUAUUAUGGCCCUCAAUGCUUCCAUUGGACGGUCCUGUCCCGGUACAGAGAGAGAUUGUCGCUCCGAUCAACACCCUCCAACUCGAUCCUCGGUCUUUGAUCGAGCAAGACUAUAUAAAUUUGGGUUUAAAUCCAAACCAUUUCUCAGUGCCUCAUGGAAAUGUUCCAGAAAUCUACACUCAUCCUUAUGGGUCUGCAGGACCUUAUGAAACCAAAGCAGACUAUCUGAAUGAUCCCUCCCGGCGUAGGCUGGAUGAGGUUGGUUUUAGUUUGAGGCCAUUAGCGCACCCUCAACCAGCUCCUCAUGUCAGAUUACUGCCCACUUCUGGGGAUGCAAGGCUUGGCGAAAUGCAUCUGGUUCAUGCUCCAAUAACAUUAUCUGGUUAUAGCGAGAGGAAUUCACAACCAGUCUCGUCGCGAUAUACUUUUGCAGGCCCGUCGAUGUCACAGAAGCAUGGACGUGCACUGUGAGAAGAUUAGGGAGUGAGCAGCCAUUUGGGGUGAUUUCCUUGCAUUUUUUAGCUUUCUUGUUGGUAUUUACUAAUGUUUUCUCAUACUUGAAGAUGUUAGGUUGUUUAAGAUGUAUCUGUUGUUCUAUUUGUAUGUUUUUGUUUGUUAUGAUUUUGUUCUGUGAAUUAUCACUCAGCAACCAUUGUUGGUGUCCAAGAUAUUAUGCAAUUCUCCA